AAAGCGUUGUUUGUCACAUUAAGAUGUAACUUUCCAAAACAUUUAGCAGCGAGUUCCACAGUUAACGCCACAUUUUGAAAAUCCCAUUUUCAUAAGUGUGUGGUGCAGACUGAGAGAUUCAUAAACUUGCAAACUGGGAAAAGUUGGGUAUCGUUACUUGUCGUUAAAAUGGACUCAGCAGCAGCAGGGCAGGAUAGCUGCUGUAGUUAGCUUUGGCAAACAUUAGACACGACAGGGCAGCUGCUGCUUUUGAUGAAAUAUUCAAACACAGCAGUUCACUUGUGUCCUGUUGUUUGUGGCAGGCUUUGUGUUAGCAUAUCCAUCUGUGAUUCUUCCACAUAGCCAAAAUGAUUACAGUUCCCCGGGAAACACUGCUAGCUAGCAUUACAGUUGUCUGCUCCGUUGUAGUUGUGAAGACCUUGCAGUAAGGACACCCCAUACGAGCAACUUCAAGUUAUCAGCUAUCCAGCGGAAGUCACCGGGUCUUGUAUUUCUUUGCAGAUCCUGCAUUGGUAGUUCGAGUUAGCUAACAGUUGGCACAUUCGCAGUACACGUAGCAAUUUCAUCAGUAUGGCUGACUGCAGAUCAGUUGUCUUCUCUUCUGUAUGUCUGCAGCCCAGAACUGAUUCUUGAUUACAGGUGCUGGUGUAGGAGUGCGCCGGCGGGGAAACGGAUCCGCAAUGCUGAACCCGACCAAUGGUGACCCAGGUCACGUUGUUGUGAACUAUGUGGAGGAGUAUUUGGACCUUGUGGAGUCCCUUCCUUUUGACUUGCAAAGGAGCGUGUCCCUCAUGAAGGAAAUUGAUGCCAAGUAUCAAGAUGUUCUGAAGGAGCUUGAUGAUGCUUAUGACCGGUAUCGCCGUGAAUCUGACUCCCUUCAGAGGCGCAAGCUUCAGUUGUCUAUUCAGAGGGCGCUAAUUCGCAGUCAGGAGCUUGGAGAUGAAAAGAUCCAGAUUGCUGGUCAAAUGGUGGAGCUGGUUGAGAACCGAACGCGACAAAUAGACUGGCAUUCAGAACUACUCCUUUCCUCUCAAGAAAUCCCAGAAAGUCACAUUCCUCCGGCCACCUCCAUGACAACCACUGCAUCGUCUUUGAUGUCCUCAACAUCAGCUACAGUUACUGUGGGCAAACCCAGUCACCACGACAAGAAGCGUGAUGAGGUCACAUCAUCUUCAGGUGGUGGAGAAAAGGCGGGAGGGAAACGCUCACGACGUCAGAAAAAUGGAGAAAAUCGGGAAAGCUACGGGGGUCUGGAUCAUGCUGAGGAAGUGGGAGUGGGAGUGUCUCGGGAAAAGAAGGCCAAAACAUCUUCCAAGAAAAAGAAAAGGUCAAAAGGAAAAUCAGAGAGAGAAGUGUCUCCUCCAGACCUGCCCAUCGAUCCGGAUGAGCCAACAUAUUGCCUGUGCGAACAGGUGUCUUACGGCGAGAUGAUUGGCUGCGAUAAUGACGAAUGUCCCAUUGAGUGGUUUCAUUUCUCCUGCGUCGGGCUCCAUCAUAAGCCUAAAGGCAAGUGGUACUGCCCGAAGUGUAGAGGCGAAAACGAGAAGACCAUGGACAAGGCCUUAGAAAGGGCUAAGAAGGAGAGAGCCUACAACAGGUAGCUCACCUGGCCCCAUGAACAUUCCUGUGUGAAAAAUUUAAUUUUAUCUAUAUUAGCCUUCAUUUCCAGUUAACAGUUUGCUAAAAAAAAAAAAAAAUCCACGAAGAGAGGGGUGUUGUAAAUAGUUAUUUUUGUAACAGCUGUGUACCUGAGAAACGAGAAUGCCAUCUCCUGGUUGUUUACAAACAGUAGCUGUAGUACAGUACACAACCAUGUGCAUGUUUGUAACAAGCUGUCACAUCAUCCCUCUUUGUGUUCAUCUUGCAUGCAACAUCACAAGCUUAACUAUAUAAACUCAAAUAAAAAACAAAGUAGAAACAUGAA